AUGAACCAGUUCCGAGCACCAGGAGGUCAAAACGAAAUGUUGGCAAAGGCCGAGGACGCCGCUGAAGACUUCUUCCGCAAAACGAGAACCUACUUGCCGCACGUCGCUCGUCUCUGCCUUGUCUCCACAUUCUUGGAAGAUGGAAUCCGUAUGUAUUUCCAAUGGGACGACCAGAAGCAAUUCAUGCAAGAGUCUUGGUCAUGUGGAUGGUUCAUUGCCACGUUGUUCGUCAUCUACAACUUCUUCGGACAAUUCAUCCCCGUGCUCAUGAUCAUGCUCCGUAAGAAGGUUCUGGUCGCUUGUGGAAUUCUCGCCAGUAUUGUUAUCCUUCAAACCAUCGCCUAUCAUAUUCUGUGGGACUUGAAAUUCUUGGCCAGAAACAUCGCUGUCGGUGGAGGACUCUUGCUUCUUCUCGCUGAGACCCAAGAAGAGAAAGCUUCGCUGUUUGCCGGUGUACCAACCAUGGGAGAUUCCAACAAGCCAAAGUCAUACAUGCUUCUUGCUGGACGUGUCCUUCUUAUCUUCAUGUUUAUGUCGCUCAUGCACUUCGAGAUGACUUUCAUGCAAGUUUUGGAAAUCGUCGUUGGAUUUGCUCUCAUUACCCUCGUCUCCAUUGGAUACAAAACUAAGCUCUCCGCUAUGGUUCUCGUCAUUUGGCUCUUCGGACUCAACCUCUGGCUUAACGCUUGGUGGUCUAUCCCGUCCGACCGCUUCUACAGAGACUUCAUGAAGUACGAUUUCUUCCAAACCAUGUCUGUCAUUGGAGGACUCUUGCUCGUCAUUGCCUACGGACCAGGAGGAGUGUCAGUUGAUGACUACAAGAAGAGAUGGUAG